AUGGUGCUACCUCUGAAAACGCUCUUCCUCCUCUUCCUUACUCUCCCACACACAUCAGGCUUUGUCUGGCUCUGCACGACCCACCUCUGCCCGUUCUUCGCCGCGCACGAGCACAAGAUCAACACCGCGCUCACCCAGCCCAAGGCCUACCUCUAUUCCUACGCCCAGCGGCCCCUCCGCCGCGGCUGGAACUCGCUCUCCGCCGCGGUCACCCACAAACGGCACCUUCUGCCCCAUCCCCGCUCGAAGAAGAGGGCGGUGGCAAGGCAACGACCGGGCCCGCGCAACCCGUCGUACUAUGGCCCUGCGAUCCUCGCCGGGACGCGGUGGUUUUCAUGA